AUGGAGUCACAGCUUGGGGUCAAUGGAACAGCAGUUACUGAAUUCAUCCUACUGGGCUUGGUGGAGACACCAGGGCUACAGCAAGUGGUCUUUGUGCUCUUCUUCUUUGCCUACCUGCUGACAGUUGGGGGCAACCUCAGCAUCCUGGCAGCUGUCUCGGUGGAGCCCAAACUGCACACCCCCAUGUACUUCUUCCUGGGGAACCUGUCCCUGCUAGAUGUUGGGUGCAUCAGUGUCACUGUUCCCUCAAUGUUGGGCCGACUCUUGUCCCACAAGCGCACAGUUUCAUAUGCAGCCUGCCUCACUCAGCUCUUCUUCUUCCACCAGUUGGCUGGUGUGGACUGCUUCCUACUGACAGCCAUGGCAUAUGACAGAUUUCUGGCCAUUUGCCGGCCCCUCACCUACAGCACCUGUAUGAGCCAGACAGUCCAGAGGGUUUUGGUGGCUGUGUCCUGGGCUUGUGCCUUUAGCAAUGCACUGACCCAUACUGUGGCCGUCUCCACACUCAACUUCUGUGGCCCCAAUGUGAUCAACCACUUCUACUGCGACCUCCCCCAGCUCUUCCAGCUCUCCUGCUCCAGCACCCAGCUCAAUGAGCUGCUGCUCUUUGGACUGGGUGUCCUCAUGGCAGGUGCACCUGUGAUUCUCAUUGUCACAUCUUACGCACAUGUGGCAGCUGCUGUGUUGAGAAUCCGUUCAGCGGAGGGCAGGAAGAAGGCCUUCUCCACAUGUGGCUCCCACCUCACCGUGGUAGGCAUCUUCUAUGGGACAGGUGUCUUCAGCUACAUGAGGCUGGGCUCAGUGGAGGCUUCAGACAAGGACAAAGGUAUUGGCGUCUUGAAUACUGUCAUCAGCCCAAUGCUGAACCCACUCAUCUACAGCCUUAGGAACCCUGAUGUACAGGGCGCCCUGAAGAGGGUGCUCACAGGAAAGCGAGACACAGCAUGA